AGGGGGGAUCCAGGCGGGGAAAAGACCGAGGAUGGAGCAGCAGAGCCAAAGAAAAGACACCACAGCCUGAAAGAAAGCGCCCUUCCCUCCUCUUUUUGUCGCUUCCUCAGCUGGAGAGGAAACGGAGGACCGCUGCGCUGAUUGCUAUGGAUUCACCGCUUUAUUUUUCUAUCGAUUUAGCUUUAAUUAGUGACCCCCGCCAGUGAAGGAGGAACAGGGAUCCAGCGAGAGGAGGAGAGGGAGGAGCGAGAGUCAAAGAGGGGGUGCUGCCUGCCUACAGCCUUACUUUAAUAUUCCAUUAAUUCUUUACCAAAUAAUCUUUUUACUUUGCAUUGUUGUGUCGCUUUGAGUUUUCUCCUGCGGACCAGACAGCUACUAACCAAAUAUUUACAAGAACCAAAAAAUAAUAAUAAUAAUAAUUAAACGCUAUUCCACUCAGACACGGACAGUUUUCCCCUUAUUUUCUCCUUUUUCAACCCGAGGAUUCACUGUUGGACAGUUUGAGACUUUAAAGGACAGAACAGGAGGAUACUUUCAUUUUUAUUCAAACUCAAACCAAAGCAAAACUCAAGACGGACACCGAGGUUCUCCCAUCUUUACGCACAGCCACCGGGACUCUGAUUGCGCUCCGACUCUUCACAUGGGUGCGAUGAGAGCUGAUCUGAUCCAGGCUCAUAAACCUCUGGCCUGUUUGGAUAAACACUGGUAGCUUUAUUUAUUAUCCCAAAGCCAAGCAGCGCGUCGGUGUCUCUUUAGAAAUUAUCCUUCCGAUUGACCAAAUCUGAAAGAUGUGAUUCUGCGUCCAGAUUUACUGAAAAACAAAACUUCCCAAAAGCAUCUGAGAGCUGCUGCACACAAGCAGAGAGCAGAGAAGGCAGGCCGGGAUAGAAGGAGAAGAGAAGUGAGACCAGAAUAAACAAAAACAAAAAAAAUCCAACGACCACCAGGUCGACAGAGGACCAUGUUUGUCCCCCUGCCGGUCCCCUUCGUCUUUCAGAGAACAGCGUCCGACUUCAGCGCCUGGAGACUCAAGUCCUCGCUGGUCCCGCGGUCCAGCCCCGAUAUCAGGAUGUCCAAAGCACCGGGGGAGGAGAAGCCUGGAGCUGAAUAUCCAGGUGACAGUUCAGACUCUGACAGAAACAGCCCUGAUGACCAGCUGCAGGUCCAGAUGGUGAAGAGCAGCCCUUACAGCCUCUCUCCCUCAGCAGCAGGCAGCAAGGUAAAGAGCGAUGAAAGCUCAGAGAUAACACACAGCCCGGCGGCCGCCCCUGCUCCCCCCUCCCAGCAGCAGCAGCAGCAGCAGGCUCAGCAUCACCACACACAGCUGAUGCUGGCAGGCAGUCAGCUCGCAGGGCUCGCGGCCCUCCUCCCCGCCCAGCAGCAGCUGCUCCUCCAGCAGGCGCAGGCUCAACUCCUGGCGGCGGCCGUUCAGCAAUCGAAUGCCGCUCACGCCGCCGCCCACGCCGCCGCGCAGCAACAGGCCAAUCAGCAGCAGCAACAACAGCAGCAGCAGCAGCCGAGCAAACAGGAGCAGCCGGUCCAGGCUCCGCCUCCACAGCUGGCCCUGUCGCAGCCCAUCCAGCUCACCGCGCAGGACAUCCAGCAGCUGCUGCAGCUCCAGCAGCUGGUUCUCAUGCCGGGUCAUCCCCUCCAGUCCCCGGCCCAGUUCCUCCUGUCGCAGCCUGCACAGGCCCAGCAGCCACAGCAGGGUUUGCUCUCCACAGCAAAUCUGAUCCAGCUACCUCAGCAGAGCGCAGGAGGACUUCUCACAAGCCCGCCUCGCAUGGGACUCCAAGCACAGAGGGAGAAGAGCAGCGACGCAGGAAUCAGCAGCAGCAGCUCAGCCUCUGUAGCUUCCAGUGGAAGCAGCAGCGGCGUAACAUCUGUAGGAGCAUCCUCUGCAUCCAGCAGCGCCAUGCCCUCCUCCCUCACCUCCAGCCUGAACCCCGGCAGUCAGACAGCCCACAUGAGCGAAGAACCGAGCGACCUGGAGGAGCUGGAGCAGUUCGCUCGAACCUUCAAACAGCGGCGCAUUAAGCUGGGAUUCACACAGGGCGACGUGGGCGUGGCCAUGGGAAAGCUGUAUGGAAAUGACUUCAGCCAGACCACCAUCUCUCGCUUUGAAGCUUUAAACUUGAGCUUUAAGAACAUGUGCAAGCUGAAGCCGCUGCUAGAGAAGUGGCUGAGUGACGCAGAAACGAUGGCGGUGGACAGCAUGCUGCCCAGCCCCUCCUCCAUCUCCUCCCCCAUGUUGGGCAUGGAGGGUCUUCCCGGCCGACGCAGAAAGAAACGCACCAGCAUCGAGACAAACGUCCGAGUGGUGCUUGAGCGCAACUUCAGCACGAACCAGAAGCCGACGUCAGAGGAGAUCCUGCUGAUGGCGGAGCAGCUGAACAUGGAGAAGGAGGUGAUCCGUGUUUGGUUCUGCAACCGCCGGCAGAAGGAGAAACGCAUCAACCCGUCCAGCAGCAGCACUCCUCCCCUGCCCAGCCAGACCUCGCCUGUCGUGACGCACAAAGCCCACUGCUACAGCCCCCACAUGAUAUCGAGUCAGAGUCUCUCCCAGGUCACCACCAGCCUCAGCACAACAGGAUCCAGCUCGUCACCUUCAGCUUCCUGCCCCAUGACGCCCGUCAGCUCGGCCGCCAUGUCCUCCUCUGUGACUCCUCCUCCUCUUCCUCCUCACAGCACAGCCAGUCCUGCUCCUUCCAGCCUCGGGACGUCUGGGCUCUCCACUGGGAACACAAUGAUGGGAGUAAGCACAGGGAUGAACCAGGCCCUCAUCGGCAGUAAUCCCCUGGCCACCAUGCAAGCUCUGGCAGCCAGCGGCGGUCAGCUACCCAUCUCCAGCCUGGAGGGGGGGCCGGGCCACAUGUUUCUGAGCGGACACGGCGGUCACUCCGUGCCCCCCUCCCUCCGCCCCUCUCUCUUCCUGAACCGCCCUGGCCUCCUGCCAAUGGUGACUUGCUCGACAGCAGCUUCCUCCAUGUCCACCAUGGGGCUGGUCAGCAGCAGCGCGGGCGGCAUCAGCGGCCCCAGACCCUCCUAUUGCCAAUCCUCACCCACCGGCACCAGCAACCUCAUGAGCCCCACUUCAUGCCCAGAGGAGUCUGCGUCUCCCUGUUCGAGUCCCGCCUCUUUCUGCUCCUUCAGCGAAGCCUCGCCGCCGCCCCUGGGAGGAGCCAUGGCGGAGUGAUCAGAGACUGACAGCCAAAGCAGAAGAGGAGGACGAGGAGGAAGCAGAGCUUUAAAAAUCAAAAUCUACAACAUCGCCUUUCAACCAAAGCCAUCUCUCCUCCUGAUCCAUCUCUAGAUUGUCUCUCUUUGCCUUUUUUCCCUCUGAAGUCUCCUGAAGCCAAAAAUACACAAAGACUCAUGAGGGAAGGAGGUAAAGCGAGUAGGAAGGAUGGAGAGGACGGAGAGAACGAAGAGGGGAACUUUGAAACCAAAUAAUGACCUACAGCUAGAGAGGAGCUUUUCUUUUCACCUGACAUCAUGAAACAAACACCAAAAAGAAAAGAUUAAACUUGAUGACGGCAGAGAUGAAACUGCUCAGGAGAAACAGGAAGCUGAGGAAAGACUUGUCCCAUAAGCCGAGGAGGCUAAAGAGAAAAACAAUGUACGUGUUUCCAAGAGGAAAACCUACAUUACAAAGAAGUAAACCAAAAUCUCCAAAUACCAAAAACUGCAAACCAAAAAAAAGAAAGAAAAAAAAACAACAAACGGAGAGAAAAGCUUUAGCUGAAAAAGACUUUUUCUGAUCUUUAUUCUGUCAAACAUCCUCCAUUCCACUCAGGAUUCAUUCCUUUGUUUCAUCUUCAGUCAAAACGCUUUGCAAAACAUCUAUUUUUGUAUUAUUUUCUAACCAUCGACCUUUAAGGCAUUUAUAAUCCCACAUUUUUACAGCUGAUCCCACCUGCAGGAUAUGAACCUACCUCUCACUUCACAGCUUUACAGCGAUCAGCCUGCCGUACAUUUACAGACACUGCUUGUCUUAAUAAAACCCGGAUUUAACGAUGAGAACGGAUGCAAGGAGACGGCUCAUCUUUUCUGAGAAACGCUAUAUUUUAGGUAAAACUCGUACGGCCAAUGAAAGUUACCUACAGCUUUAAUUACAUGUCUGAUUUUUGGAGAUUCAUCCUUAUUUUCUCAAACCAAAGCAAACACCCCGAGCUCAGCCUUUAGAGGGUUAGAUGUGGACACAUUAUCAUGGGAUUUCUUCUUCUUCUUCUUUUUUUUUUUACAUUAUUUGCCUUCUUUGAUUUAUUAUCCAGGCCAUACACACCAUCCCACCAUCAUCAUGUCAUCUUCCAGACCGUCACUCUUGGAUACCAAAGCAUCGCCUCUGGCAGCGUUCGUCUCUGGAUUCGCCCGGGAGACGAGAGUCCAGACAAACCUCACACACAAAUACAAGCAUAAGAUAGACCAAAAAAAAAAAAAAAAAAAAAAAAAGGAGGUGAAACACCGGCGUCCCCCCCCACAACAACACCCAAAAAAAAAAACCUUGCCCUCCAACCCAUCUGCCCCUCUCCUUUGUCUCCAAAGAUCAGAUCAAAGGGCCCAAAACAAGCGAGGAGGAGCAGAGGAGCCAAAGGGGGGAAAGCAGGACGAAGGAGAGGAUGAGGAGGAAGUGCGCUUGAAGCAGCGGACCAAAAAAAAAAAAAAACAACCCAAAACCAAAAGCUACUUCUUCUGCUACCUGCUCUGUUUAAGCGACUGAUGUGAAACCAAAUACAAACAGAGGAGGGGGAGGAGGGGGGAGGAUGGAGGGGUGAGUAGCUCCAGUCUGUCCGUCUAUAACUGUGAUCGCUGUUUUGGUUCCGGCAGACAGAAUCACUCCCUCCCUCCUAAAGCCAACCCCCCCUCCCCGGCUUUAUUCUCUCCUUUCCUGGACUCAUUAGAUAAGGAUUAACCUCAACAAACUGAAUUUAUAUAUUUAUAUUUAGUUUUUCCAUAGUGUGUCUGUUCCCCGCCGCGUCGUAAGAAGUCUGGAAGCAGGGGAGGGUUUUACCUACUUUCAUACGUUCCCAUCGCCUCCUUUAGUUGCUCUUUCUCUUCACAUGUUUGGAAACGACUGUGAAAAUGUAGCUUCCAAGAUUUACAGGGGCGGAAAAACUGCUUUUCAGUCCAUUCAGAACUUUGUGAAAAAGCCAAAACUGAAAACCAAAAGCUUUUGUUUUUUGUUUUUUUUUAGAUACACAACAAACCAAAUAGACCAACCAAACCAAUGCACAAGCUGAAUGACUGCGUGACUGAGUGUGAACCUGGUUAAACAAGCCUUUGUUUGCAGAGAAACUUUGGUUAAGUGUCUGUUUUUCAACCUGGACUUGUGUCUCUUAAUUUCACGAUCAUCUCCGGCGUCUUUUUGUGCAGAAAUUUAUAUUUCAUUUAAAUAAAAAAAAACAGUUAAAAACAAACCAAAGUACUAAUUAGCCAAAUAAAUACACAUUUUAAGGAAAAAAAGCCAGUUGGAAAAAGUUAGACUUGCAAGUUAGAAAACAAAUGAGUUUGCCAAAUAUAGUUGCACUGUUACUAAUACAAGCUGAUAAUAAUAUAUUUAUGGAUUAACCCUUUAAAGUCCAAACACAAAAUUACAAUUUUUUGGUUUGAAGUCCUUAUUUGGCCUUUUAAUAUUUUUUGUGUAGUCUUCUACUGGCAUUUAUCAGGUAUAUCUGAUUGUGUACAAUAGGAUUUUGAGCAAAGUUUUUAACAUUAAAUUAUGCAAAAGGUGUCAGACGCAAAACAUUUCAGAAACCGUAUGUAUCAAAUAUGAUACAUUUGGCAUUACAGGGUUAAAAAACACAAAUUGCAGCCUGUCUCCUGCUGGUUUAUAGGCAUAAAAAAAAACACCAGAGUUAUAACAGUUUGUUUUUUUUGUCAAAAAUGUGACUUUAGCCACAAUUUUGGUAAAUCUCCAAGUAGGAAUUCAAAUUUCAUCAUUAAAACCAAAACCACAUUAAACCCUGUAAUGUAAUCUGUUCAUUCUGGUUUUAGUUUAAUCCAGAUGCUGACCACCAGUAGAGUUUAGUCUGUAGUUUUUCAUCCAACCAGUCCAAACAAAUCUUUGUCUUGUAAAUAAGCUCCUGGUAAGAAAUCCUUAGAUGUAAUAAGCUCCAAUAAAACUACCAAAAGUUGCUCUUUCUUUGUGCAAAUU